AAUGCAUUCUCUGUUGAUCCGAGCACUCAAACACCAUUGAAAAUCCAUUUAUUUAGCUCUCCUUCUUUCUUUUGAUCUUUAUAUAUCAUUUCAAAAUAAUUUUAUUUAGUUCCUUCUCAGUGAAGAAUCUCAUCAAAAGCUUCAUCAGAAAUAUUUCUUCACGUGGAGAGGAGGUUUUCAGAGCUGAAGACUGGUAUAUCUGAAAAUGGCAUGCAAUAAAGAUGAAGCUAUCAGGGCAAAAGGAAUUGCAGAGAAUCUGUUACUAGAGAGAGACAUUUUGGGAGCUAAAAAGUUGGCUUUGAAGGCUCACAGCCUCUUUCCUGAGCUUGAUGGUGUGUCUCAGUUCCUUGAGAUCAUUGAUGUGUAUGUAGCACAUGAGAAGAAAAUAAAUGGAGUAUCAGACUAUUAUGGAAUGUUUGGGGUAGAUCCACUUUCUGAUGAAGAGAUUAUAAAGAAACAAUACAAAAGAAUGGCGCUCUUUCUUCAUCCUGAUAAAAACAAGUCUGUAGGGGCUGCUGGAGCAUUCCAAAUAAUAUCUGAGGCGUGGGGUGUAUUGCGAGAUAAGGAUAAGAGAAGUGAAUAUGACCUGAAAGUGAACAUACGAUCUUCAAAUCAGACUGCCAGAUUUAGUACAUCAAAUUUUCAGCAGUCACCACCAUUCUCUAACUCAAAUGGUCAGGUUCACAAUUUUCAAAACAAUGCACACCCAACCUUUCCUGCUCAGUAUAUUCCUACUCCAAAGCCACCAUUCUCUAAUUCGAGUGGUCCUUCCAGAAGACCGAUGACCUCCAGCUCUAGCUUCUUUCGACCAGACACAUUCUGGACAUUGUGCAAUGGGUGCAACGUGCAUUAUGAGUACACAAACAUAUUUCUCAAUCAGACUCUUCUUUGUCGCCGCUGUCGUCAGCCCUUUUUGGCAACAGCUAUACCUGAUCCACCUGUACAUAGCCGCAGCUCACGUCCUCGUCCCUUCCCAAAUCAACAACAAGAAGAUAUGCACGCUGCUGCACAGCCAUCAGCUUCAAGAACCUCUCAAGCUCCUUCAUCCCAUACAUCUAAGAAGCAAGCCAAAAGAAGGCAUGAAACGCCUAUUAACAUGGAGAGAGAAAAUGGUCCUUCAAGUGUGCCAGAAAAAGCAGAAACAGCUUCAGCUUCGCAUACCGCUUCCCCUGUUCUAAACAAAGAGAGGCCAGCCAAAAGGAGACGUAAAGAUGGCCAAAAGUGUGAUGAUCCCAAUGAAGGAAGCCAAGGGAUAGCAGGAAGUGGGGUAUAUGUGAAGAAGGCUUCUGCAGAUGCUAAGGGGAAAUUUGUGGCCGAGCAGCCCAGAAGUACAAGGGAGUUAUCUCAGAGAAGCAUACGUGCUAUGCUGAUAGGGAAGGCUAAGACAGAGAUCCGUAACCAGCUAAAUGAAUGGGAGAAAGAAAAAGUGACCUCUUCACUUUCGAAUGGACAGGAUACGGGCAAUGUCGUGCAUGCUUCGAGCAACAAUUCCAAAAUUCAUCCAGAGAUAAAUGAUGAACCGAGGUUGGAGCCUUUGAAAUCCUCCACUUUCAAAGAGACUGUUGUGGAAGCGAAGCCUGAUGAUUUUGUGUCCAUGAGUGUUCCAGAUGCAAAUUUCCAUAAUUUUGAUGAUGGCAGGGUAGAGAACUCAUUCGCUAAUAACCAGGUAUGGGCUGCAUAUGAUGAUGAUGAUGGCAUGCCUCGUUAUUAUGCUAUGAUUCAUCGUGUCAUAUCCAGGAUCCCAUUCAAGAUGCAAAUAAGCUGGUUAAAUUCCAAAUCCACUUCUGAAUUUGGAUCCCUUGACUGGGUUGCUUCUGGCUUCACCAAGACUACUGGGAAUUUCAGGGCUGGUAAGUUUGUAGUCAGUGAAAGACUAAACUCUUUCUCUCAUCCAGUUAAGUGGAAAAAGGGAUUAAGAGGAGUUAUCCACAUUUUGCCAAUUAAGGGGGAAGUUUGGGCGUUGUACAGGAAUUGGUCCGCUGAUUGGGACGAGAACACGCCAGAUGAAACAAUACACAAAUAUGAUCUGGUAGUGGUACUUAAAGACUACAAUGAGGAUACAGGUGUUUUAGUUGCUCCUCUUGUUAAAGUGGCUGGGUUCACAUCAGUGUUUAACCAGCUUCCGGAUCAGAGAAGGAUCAAGACCAUUCCAAGAGGAGAGAUGUUUAGAUUCUCCCAUCAGGUCCCAUUUCACUUCUUGAAUGGUGUAGAAACUGAAAAUGCUCCUAAGAAUUGCUAUGAACUGGAUCCUGCUGCUCUCCCUUUGGAACUUCUAAACGCGAUUACAGAUGUUAAAUCGGCUGAGCAAGUAGUUGCUGAUCCUGGGAUGCUUAGAGAACCAGGCCUCGGAAAUGGGACGAUGACAGAAUCCUGUCCAAUAAAAGCCCAUACAAAUCAGAGAAGAGGAGUUGAAGAUCCCAAGCAUGUAAUUACAUAUAGUAGGAGAAACAAGGGAAAGAAGAUCACCUUGGAUAAAUUUUAGGUAGUUCUUUCUCCAAUUUUUGAAUUAUACAUAUUUUCCUAGACAGAAGUGUUAUGACCAGCAUUAAGCUUUUAAGUUUUUCAGCUCAAAACAGCUGUGCAGAAAUUGUAGUAUUAGUAUUUGAUUUUUGACUGAAGCUGGGCUAAUUGCAUGGUGUCA